UGCCCUGAACACCGGACUUUAAAGCUCACCCAAAAGUUCUCGCUCCUUCCUUCGUUUUCCUUUCCUUCCCUUUUUCACCAACAAAAAAACUUCAAUCUAUACAUCCACUAUGGUCCGAGAAUCAAAAUACUACGACGUUCUUGGCGUCAGCCCUGAUGCUUCAGAAAGCGAUUUGAAGAAGGCUUACAGAAAGCUUGCCUUAAAGUAUCAUCCUGACAAGAAUCCUGAAGCUGGUGACAAGUUCAAAGAGAUCUCGCAUGCUUACGAAAUAUUGUCUGAUUCCGAAAAGCGACAAAUGUACGAUCAGUUUGGUGAAGAGGGCUUGAAUGGUCAAGGUGGUAUGGGAGGCAUGGAUGCAGAGGAUCUGUUCUCUCAGCUGUUUGGUGGCGGCCUCUUUGGCGGCGGCGGCGGACGCUCCCGUCCCUCUGGCCCCCGUCGUGGCAAGGACAUGAUGCACCACUUGAAGGUUUCUUUGGAAGACCUGUAUGCUGGCAAGACGUCCAAGCUGGCUUUGCAAAAGAGCGUGAUCUGCUCUCGAUGUGAGGGCCGUGGUGGCAAGGAGGGAGCUAUGCAGACGUGCCGAUCAUGUAACGGUAACGGUGUCCGUAUUAUUAUGCGACAGAUGGGCCCUAUGGUUCAACAGAUCCAGCAGCCCUGUACCGACUGCCGUGGUGAGGGUGAGGUCAUCAGCGACAAGGACCGCUGCAAGCAGUGCAUGGGCAAGAAAAUUAUCAGCGAGCGCAAGAUUCUUGAGGUGUUCAUUGACAAGGGCAUGCGCGACGGCCAACGUAUCACGUUCUCUGGCGAAGGCGACCAGGCACCCGGUAUUAUUCCCGGCGAUAUCAUCAUUGCCAUUGACGAGAAGCAACACCCCCGCUUCCAGCGCAAGGGCGACGAUUUGGUGUACGAAGCCAAGAUUGAUCUGUUGACGGCGCUGGCCGGCGGUCAAUUUGCCAUUCCCCACCUCGACGAGCGUGUCUUGCUUGUGUCGGUGCUUCCGGGUGAAGCGAUCAAACCUGACUGCAUCAAGGUGAUUCCCAACGAAGGUAUGCCCACGUACCGCCACCACAACCACGGCCACAUGUUUGUCAAGUUCAGCGUCGAGUUCCCCAAUCCCAACUGGACCGAUCCCGAGACGAUUGGCAAGCUUGACGGCAUUUUACCUCCCCGUGCACAGCUGCCAAGCUUUGGCGACAAGCAGGUCGACGAGGUUGUCAUGGCUGACGCAGACGGCUACCAAACCCAGAGAGCACAGGGCAGCGCCUACGAGGACGAGGAUGACGAGGAUGGCAGAGGUGGCCCCGGCGUUCAGUGUGCUCAGCAAUAAGCUAUUGAAAGCCAUCCCAUAGAGUAUAUUGUCUUUCCCUUCCAUUCCAUCCUCUUUCCCCCUUGAUCUGUCGUCUUUUGGUUGUCUUUCUUUCCAUAUAUCACCGUCACCCUUACAAAAUCUCCACACACUGACACACCAUACAUACACACAAGAGUCAAACCAGCAGCCACCCAGCAACAAAAAUCAGCACAUUACGCUAUACGAUUGAGGGGGGGUGGAGUUUCGGAUAACACAACCUCUUCUUUUUUUUUCCUUGCUUCCUUUAGUUUAUGUAUACAUUUGAACAAAAAAAAAACAAUUUUAUCUAUAAC